AUGGAUUUUGUUGCUCAGCCUGUGGUCUCUGAACUCUUUAACGGGUUGUUUAAGAUUUUGGGGUCCAAUGAGGUGCAGGACUUUGCUCGGAACCUUGUUGGAGGGGUAGCUUCAGAGCUAAAAAAUCUGGAAAACAAGUUGAGGAAGGUUCAAAAUCUUCUUCGCAAUGCGGAAGACAAGCGACUGACGGAUGAAAGCCUCAAAGAGUGGCUUGACAAUCUUCAAGACUGGGCUUAUGAUGCGGAAGACAUACUGGAUGAGUUUGCCUACGAAGCCUUGCGACGCAGACAGAAGGCAGAACACCAGGCUAGCUCUAGCAAGUGCAUGAGAUUCCUCCCUGCUUCUUUCCCUAGUCCCUUGUUCAAUGUACAAAUGGGGUCCAAGAUCAAAGACAUCACUAGCCGCUUAGACCGACUCCGGCAGGAAAGAUCAGAUGACCGUGGAUUGCAAGAGCUUUCUGGAGGGACAUCAAGUAAUGCUGCAGUACUGCCUAGACCAAAGGAAACUUCAAGCGUCCCACCUGAAAAAGUUGUUUAUGGGAGAGGUAAAGAUGAAGAAAAACUACUUGACAUGGUGAAAAGCGCUCAACCAAGUGGUGCCAACUUUCGAGUGAUAGCCAUCGUCGGCAUGGGAGGGAUCGGCAAAACAACGAUUGCUCGGAAAAUAUACAAUCACAUGCAGAAGCAGGAAGAUUUCAAGUUUGAGAAAAAAGGAUGGGUCUGUGUUUCAAACAACUUUGAUGUUCUGACAAUUUCAAAGGCACUUCUCAAGUCAAAGUCAUUAAAUGACUCCUCAUCCUCCAUUCCAGAUGAUAAAAAUAAUGUGCAACUUGAACUGCAGAAGGCAGUAAAUGGGAAAAAAUUCUUGAUAGUAUUAGACGAUGUUUGGGAGGUAGACUACAGUAAAUGGGAAGAGCUUAUGUCUCCCUUCGAAACUGGUGCACCUGGAAGCACGAUGAUCGUCACAACACGCCAUAGAUAUGUUGCUCGAACAAUAAGAUGCCCUGAGUCUGAUACUUAUGCUUUAGAGCGUUUAUGCGAAGAAGCCUGUUGGUCCUUGUUUAAGGAGCAUGCACUCGCGAUUGGUACAGCUGCUGCUGAUGAUCUAAUUACCGAUUCAAUUCGUGAGAGAGUUCUUGAAAGGUGUGGUGGUCUACCUCUGGCAGCAAAGACCCUCGGUGGUCUUUUACACUGUAAGCAGAUUAAUACCUGGGAAAGAAUAUUAGACAGCGAAAUAUGGAAAGAAAGAGAUAUCCUUCCCGUAUUAAAGUUAAGUUAUCUCUAUCUCCCUUCGCAUUUAAAAAGAUGUUUCACGUAUUGUGCGGUUUUUCCAGAAGACUAUGAAUUUGAGAAAGAGGAAGUUGUGCUUCUAUGGGUGGCAGAAGGUAUUGUUCAAUCAUCUGAUACACAACUGGAUGUGGCAGGUCAGUACUUUAAUGAUUUGUGUUUAAGAUCAUUUUUUCAAAAAUCAAGUAAUGAUGGUUCUAAAUAUGUACAACAUGAUCUUAUCCACGAUUUAGCUGAAUCAGUUUCUGAAGAAUUCAGUUUCAGAUCUGAAAAAGCCAUUAUCCAACUACCAAAACAUGUAAAAAGAACUCGUCAUUUUUCUUAUCUUCCUGAUGUAUAUAGUAUAGGAAAGAAAUUUGAAGGCUUGGAAAAGCUUGAGAGUCUAAGAACAUUCUUACCGGUGUUCAUGACGCCUAAGUAUGGAAUUAGAAAAGUUGAGAGUAUUAUCUUUAAAAAGAUACCACAUCACUCAUUUACCUGA